AUGACUUCCACACUCACAAGCGUAUUCUUUAAACUUGAUAAGUGCGAGUCUAGCGAUUCUUAUAGCAACCAACUACCAGCAAAAUGUUAUGCUAUGAAUGUAAUUAAAACUUGGAUCUCAAAAUUUUCUGGUGGGGAAAAUAUAUCUUUCCAAUGCUUUGAUUUACAAGAAAGCGAAAAGAGUUAUUCUACAAGAAUUGAAUUUCUUGAUCAUUUUAAAGCCAAUUAUUUCAGAAGAAGCAUGUCAUAUAAAGAAACAAAAGAGUAUAAGAUUGUUGCAUUUUGGUUUGGAAUUCGAGCUGCACAUGAAGUUAUAGUUAAUGGCCUUCCGCCUAACAUUUCUAGAAGGAAAAUUUUCAAAGAAUUUGAAAAACAUGGCGACAUUGGGCGUGUAACACCAUAUAAAGAUAAUCCCACAAAAUUUUGGGUUGCAUUUAUAAGUUCAAAAGGUGCAAAAAAGGCUAUUGAUAUUGAAUCCCCCUCUUUUUGUGGUCAAAAGCUAUAUAUAUGUAUGUCAAAGAAGGUCUCUGCAAAGUCUGGAUAA